CAAAAGGGUUACUCAGUAUAGUACACUGCCCCCCCAAGGGGUGCGGUCUCAGGAGUUGUGUCUCUGAUGUGACUUUUGCAUGUUGUAACGUCUUAGGGAUGCGUGCCGUAUUGUACAGGCAUGGAAUUUCGCUUCCCAAGGCCUUUACGAGAGGCGUUUCGCGUUCCCUCAUGUUUGUGUAUAUAUAUGGGAGUGGGGUAAGGGUCUUCCUCGCGCCCGUAUAUUAUCAUUUCUUCUGUACCCCGACAUCCCUGUCCGGCUUUAAUCUGAGUAUUCGCCAAGGUUGGAUGGCUCAACAAGGACUCGACCUCUCUUACCGCCAGGCUCUUCGAAACCCGGCUCCUACCGGGACCUCGGCCGAUGAUCACCGAAUUGUGGCCAUCAACCAAGUUCCCGUUGUGACCGAGUGCAACCUCCUCCCCCAGCUAUUGAUAUGCCUGAUCCCAAUGCCAACAAGAAAAAGAAAGACAAGGGGAAAAGAAGGGUCGAUACAGCGACCUCUGAAGCGGCUCGGCCUAAACAUCGGCGUGUCGAGGAGUCGUCAGACUUGGCUGUUCCUUCGGCCAUUGUGGUGAAGGAUUUCCUUUUCGAGGAGAUUCGCCCUUCGCAGCUGAUGUCUUCGGACCUCUUAUCCGAACAGGGGCAUCGCAUGCUGGAUUCGGCAGCCCCGUCGGCCCAAUGGGCUAUGGCUUGUGAAUUGCAAGUGCGAGCCACGGCUAUCCUUCGGAAACUUGCUUUGGAACCCAUGGCCGACAUCCACAAUCUCCGGAAGAGCUUGGAGGAGACGAAGGCAGCCUUCCAGGAAUCGCUGGAGGCUCAUGAGGCGACCUCAAACGAGAAGUUGAACUUGGAAGCCGAGGUGGCUCGUUUGAAGGAGGCUGUCGGCGAGAUGGAAGGCCGAGCCCUAGCGGCCGAGGAUGCUGAAAGGAUGAGGGUGCAGGAAAUGAAGGAAGUCUUGGCUCGUGAGGCUCAAAUUAAAGCCGGCGCCGAGGCUUCGUUGACUGCUUUCCGGGCCGACUGUGAAAACAAAAUUAUCAAAGAGCACGAAGCUGGUUUUAUGCAUGCGGUCCGGCAGGCAACCCAUUUCGGCACCUUUCCUCCGAAUUUUUCAUUUGAGUUGAGCAAAGACUUCUUUCAAGAGGCAUAUAUGGAUUUUGCCGACGCCCCUGAUGUUGAGCCGGACGAAGUGGCUCGCCCCCGGUCGACUGCCCCUGAAGAUCCCGGGACUACUUUGAAUGAUGACGAGGAGACCGAGCAGACUACGAAUGCCGAUUGAAGGGCUUCGACAUUAAACUUUUUGGUUGUACAUCUGUUUUGAGGAAGAUGUAUAGAUAUAGGUUGCUUUUUUGUUUCUCUAGUUUGUGGCUCGUCUAUCGGACACUUUUGAUUCUUUGGGCCAUUAGAGCCAGCUCAACAUUGUACCUUCGGCCAUUAGUGUCGCUUGAAUGAAGUAUUUCUUUUUCACA